AUGUUGACCACCGCCGCUGCUCACGUCCUCCUCUACCCUUUUUAUAGUUCAGGCCAUAUCAUCCCCAUCCUCGACCUCGCCACUAAAUUACUCAGCCGCGGCCUAGAAGUCACCGUUUUGGUUACACCCUCAAAUCUCCCCUUACUCGAUUCCCUCCUCUCCAAGUACCCUUCUUCUUUUCAAAGCCUGGUUCUUCCCCUACCGGAAUCAGGUCCUGUGUCAGCCAAAAAUCUCCUGUUUAACUUGCGGGCCAUGACUGGAUUAUCUGAUGACAUCAUCCAGUGGUUCCACUCCCACCCUAAUCCGCCUGUGGCCAUCGUAUCUGAUUUUUUCUUGGGUUGGACACACAAAAUUGCCUGUCAGCUGGGCGUGUCACAUAUUGUCUUCUCCCCAUCCGGCGUCUUGGGUCUCUCUGUUGGUUAUGCCGUCUGGCGCGACCGACCCAAGAAUGAUGAACCCGAGAAUCACGAUUUCAUGGUUUCCUUUCCUAGCAUUCCCAAUUCCCCAAGUUACCCAUGGUGGCAGAUCUCUGUGCUGUAUCGCAAUCUUGAGGAUGGAGACCCAGAUAAGGAAUUUUUCAGGAAUUGCAUGUUGGGCAACAUAGCGAGUUGGGGUCUCGUCGUCAACACGUUCACUGAGUUGGAACGAGUUUACAUCGAGGCUAUGAAGAAACUCAUGGGUCACAACCGGGUCUGGGCAGUGGGUCCCUUACUGCCGGCACCUGAGGAUGAUGAUGCAAAACGGGGUGGGUCCAGCGCGGUGCCAUCUCAUAAGGUGCUAUCGUGGCUUGAUCAGUGCGAAAAUGAUUCUGUUGUUUAUAUAUGCUUUGGGAGUCGUACUAGUCUUCCAAAUCAGCAAAUGGUUGUGUUGGCUGCUGCAUUGGAGGCAAGCGGAGUCAAUUUUAUCUGGUGUGUGAGACAACAGGGAAAAGGGGACGUGGCAAGCGAAAGCGGCGUGAUCCCAGAGGGGUUCGAAGAUCGUGUGGGCAACAGAGGUUUUGUGAUAAGGGGGUGGGCCCCGCAGGUGCAGAUACUGAGGCACCGAGCCGUGGGUGCAUUCUUGACUCACUGCGGCUGGAAUUCCACCCUGGAGGGGCUGGCCGCCGGCUUGGUGAUGCUGACGUGGCCAAUGGGCGCUGACCAAUACACCAAUGCUAACUUGUUGGUUAAUGAGGUAGGAGUAGGGAUCCGAGUUGCUGAGGAGACUCGGAGAGUUCCCGAUUCAACUGAGUUGGCUCGGAUAUUAUCAGAGGCAGUGGAUGGAAGCAGGCCGGAGAAGGUUCGAGCCAUGGAACUACGCGACGCAGCCUUGAGCGCAGCCAAUGGAGGCAGCUCUGAUAGAGAUUUAGACGACUUGGUGGAGCGACUCAAGGAGCUGAAAUGUGAAAAGGGCACCAAUGGACAUGUGCAGGGGCAUCCUAUUUCUGGGUCCACCGUCCACUAACGGAGUUUGAUUCCAGUGAACUAGACUCAGCCAAAUAAUUUUAGAUCCAGUUGUGGUGACGCCUUCUAUUCCCGAGCGGCGUCCUAGAUUAUCUUAUUUUUAUAAUAUAGUUUCGGAUCUUCUAAUGUUAUGUCGAGUGCAAACUGAAAGUCCAAACUUCUAGGAUGUUGAAGGGGGUACUCUCAUGAUGCCUGAUAAUUUGAAUUUUUGGAAAAACAAUUGUCAAAGUAAAGAGGUGAUGAAAAGAAAGAAUGAUUGUGAAGGGUGAAAGACGGUUGGAAGGAAAGUUUUACUAUACAAUUAAAAAAUUCUAUUAUUUUUCCUGUAAA